ACCAGCAUUCGGAAAGCUUUUGUUGUUAUCAUCCAAAAUGUUGACAAUGUUUUUAGUGUUUCUUAUUGUCCUUUUCUUUUCUUAUUUGCCUUCAUAUUCAUCUAAGAUAUCGCGUACGUUUGGUGGUUACUUCAUUCGCCUGACAGAUGAAGAGUUGAAUCUCCGCCAACAGGUGCGAGACUUGAAAGCAGAGCAGGGCGCAGUCAGCAUGUCUGAGGAGUUUGCCAAGUAUAUGAAGCUGCAGAGGAAGAUUGACAAGCUUGUGGAGCAAGUUAAAAAAAUGGGAUCAUCAAGGUCAUCGAAAAUAACAAUGUUUUCUAUGGGAGUGAAAUUUCUCAUUAACAUUUUACAUGGACUGACAAUGAUAUCCAUAAUUUUGAUGUACAAGAAUGAUCCCCUGUACAUGUUCCCCCCAGAGUGGUUCACACCAAUAAACAAGUUCAUAGCCUUUCCGACAGGCAUUACAGGAGGGGUAGGAGUGACCUGCUGGAUUCUGGUGUGUAGCUCGGUCAUCUAUCGUGUGAAGAACUUUAUCUCCAUUCAACCCACAGCACAGGAUCUCAAGGUCGACUCCUGAUUGCAACUAUAUUCAUAGGAGGAGUUCUUGUGUCUUCAUGAGUCUCUUGUUUGGAAUUUUAUGACUCUGUGACUUAUGAAAGCUGUGUUAGUGUACCACAUGAUAGUACAUUCUGAAUGACUACUGACCACUGAGUGACCAGUGAUGUGUUAAGUUAUUUUUUACACCAUUUAAGAUUGAUGUCUUAGAUGUUCGUAGUACAUGCAGGGUUUUAUUUGUUGAUGCAAUUAAUUAAUUGUGAAAGGGUGCUCAUCUUAAAUUAUCUUUUUCUGUUAGAAACAUUUAGCUUUUUCUUUUUCCCGUGGCACUCUAAAAUAUUAUGACAUUUUAUUUAAUCAGGGUUUUACUUCUAACUUGUUGUUUCUUUUGACAGUUAUUUUCAAGAAUUUUGUUGGUAUGAUUUGCAUUGAUAACUGUUAACACACUGUCAUUUCAGUAUGAAUUCAUACUUCUAGCCCAAUAUCUGUUGCUUUUCUUCUACUAAUUGUAAAUGUUUCAUCAAGAUGCGGAAUGAAAAAAAUAUUAUUAAAAAUUAGAUCAUAUUUUAUAAUGUCCCAGCUUGAAAAAGAAACAAGAUCUUAUGUCAAGAAACACUUUUAAUUGUUUACCUCUUUGUCAUUUCUUUAAUUUUAUUUGUUUUUACAGUUUUUACUCUGAUCUAUGAAAGUCAAAAUUGUUCUUCAUAUGCACUUUUGGGACUUUAUAAAAAUGAAGUUUUUCCAGUACAAAUAAAAUAACUUAGGUGAUUAAUAAUAUAGAGAGGACUACACAUUGGCUAUAGAACGAGCAUGUACAUUCUUGUUUUAAAAUACAAACAAAUCCAGGGCUUUAAGUUGGAAAUAACUGGUAAUAAGUUACAUUUUCUGGAAAUCAUUUGACAUAGGACUAAGCAAAGAGGUAACUCAACCAUGACCUUUAUUCCUGUAUGUCUAAACCUUUAAUUGGCUUUCAUUGGUCACAACAUCCUAGCAGUGUUUUACCUCAGUGUUGUAACCUAUAUUUCAGUUCUUUCUUUGCCAGUACUACAUGUAUACUCUAUACUAGAAUUUUGUAUUUUUAAUAGUUGCUCAGAUUUUUUUUUUGAAUUUCAACUGACAUUAUCAAGUGGCAUUGCUUUUGUAAAAUCGUAACAAAAAGUUUAGGAAUUGUUAGUUUUAAAUCAACAUUAUAUAUAUUAUGUUGAACAUACUAGUACCAAGUGUAUUCAUUUUUUAUUAGAUUUUUAAUUUUUAACAUAGCAGCUGAUUUGAAUUACAUGUAUUUUUGUAAAUAGAUUCAUAUAUUAUUUAUUUUCAGCCCCAUAUCGUAUGUGUGCUUUUAUUACCAAUGGAUGUUGUUUGACAUUGCUCAUUUGCUUGUGUCUUGCAAUCUUGUGUUUAUAAGCAUGUUCCUUUUAUUUGCCAACAAAAUAUCUCUGUACACUUUGACGUAACAUAUUUACAGAUACACUUAUAUAUUCUUGCUCUGGAUUGCUCUUGCAGGUUGAAUGUGUGAAUUUCCUGCCAUGUUAUACAGAUUAACUGUUAUUAAACAUCUGUUUCAAAGAAACAUUUUGUGGGUGUUCAGUGUUUAUCUCCUGACCAGUGGAAUGUGUUCACAUGCUGUUUAUUAGACCAUUACUUGUAUUAAGUGCAAUAAAUCAGAAAAAGAG